AUGGCCUUUGAGGAUUUCCUACCUGAAGUUGGAGAGAAGGGAAGAUCCCAGAUCCUUUGGGUCUUUUCUUUUGCUAUCCCUAUAAUAUUUAUAAGUAGCCAUUUUCUGCUAGAGAACUUCACUGCCUUUGUCCCUGAGCACUGGUGCUGGGUUCACUUCCUUGACAAUACCUCGGCUUUGCUCAAUGUCAGUGGGAACCUUAAUUUUAGUUCCCUCCUAAAGCUUUCCAUCCCCCUGGAUUCCAAUGGGAAACCAGAGAGGUGUCACCAAUUCUUCUGGCCACAGUGGCAGCCCUUGGGGCCAAAUGUCACAGGUCAAAACAUGAGCCAGCUAGAGAUGGAGCCUUGUGUGGAUGGCUGGGUUUAUGACCAAGGCAUCUUCACUUCUUCCAUUGUGACUGAGUGGGACCUGGUGUGUGACUCCCAGACACUAAAGUACUUGUCACAGUCAAUCUUGCUUGCUGGGAAUCUGGUUGAAUAUCUAAUAUGGGGCUAUCUCUCAGACAGGUUUGGGUGAAAAAGGAUGCUGCUUCCAAGUUACCUCAUGAUGGCUGUCUCCAGCACCGGAAAUACCUUUGUCCAGUCAUUCCCAGUUUACUGUUGUUUUCUCUUCCUGUUUGGGUCUUCAAUACCAGGAGUCACACUUGGAAGUUUGACCCUCAUCCAGGAAUGGACCAACAGCCAGCACCGGCCCCUGGUAACAGUCAUUUUCACUCUGUACUUUAGCCUGGGCCAUCUGUUUCUUCGGCUUGUGGCUUAUGGCAUCCAGGAGUGGCGCGAACUCCAGCUGGUAAUGUCAGUUCCCUUCUUUGCCUUCUUCCUGGCCUCUUGGUGGUUGCCAGAAUUUGCCGGAUGGCUGAUUUUCCAAAACAGAUAUGAUGAGGUCUUAAAGGUGCUCACAAAAGUUGCAAAGAUCAAUGGAGUAAAGGAGACGACCCUGACUAUAGAGGUUUUGAGAUCAACCAUGAAGAUAGAGGUGCCUCCAGCAGAGACCCAUUACACCAUGUCGGAUUUGGUCCACUUACCCAUCCUGCGUACAAGAAUGCUCUGUUUGUCCUUUGUAGGCUUCACAACAAGCCUGAUUUUUUAUGGGCUUUCUCUGGAUCUUCAUAACUUGGGGAGCAAUAUUCAAACACUCCAGGUUCUAUUGGGAGCUUCUGCCUUCCUAAGCAGGUCUGGGGCCUUGUUCAUCAUGAACCUCUGUGGCUGUCGAACAAUAGCAGUGGCCUGCCUCCUCCUUGCUGAACUGUUCAUACCUGCCCGUGCAUUCCUGCCUCAAGCACUGCCACCGAUCAUCUUUGCAGCCAUGGCCAUCACUGCCGGCCUUGUGGUCUUCUUCCUCCCAGAAACCCAAAAUAAACCAACGUCUGACACCAUCGAAGAUCUAGAAUAUGGCAUUCUUGCCACCAUGUUGCUUCUCAAUGCCCCUGGAGAUGAACCUCCAUGA